UCCUGCCGCCUCCGCGCAGCCCCGGCGGUGCGAGGCAUGAAGCUGAGCAAAGCCCAGUACGAUGAGAUAGCCCAGUUCCUGGGCCACGUGCAGCCCACCCGGCAGAGCCUGAGGAAGCUGAAGGAGAAGUUUCCUAGUCAAUCGCAGUCCACUCUGCUGAGCAUCUUCUCCCAGGAGUACCAGAAACAAAUCAAAAGAACACAUGCCAAGCAUCACACUGCUGAAGCUAUCGAAAAUUACUACCAAAGAUACCUGAAUGGCGUGAAGAAAAAUGCAGCUGCCCCAGUAUUACUGGACCUGGCCAAUGAGGUGGACUUUGCCCCAUCAUUGAUGGCUCGUAUUGUGUUGGAAAGAUUUCUACAAGAAAAAGAACAAGCCAUCCCCUCCAAAACUCUUAUAAAUAGUAUGCUACGGGACCCUUCUCAGAUUCCAGAUGGAGUGCUAGCAAAUCAAGUCUAUCAGUGUACUGUGAAUGACUGUUGUUAUGGACCACUGGUGGACUGCAUCAAACAAUGGACCAUGAGAAGAUCUGUCAGCGCUAUUGGGCAUGAGCACGAAGUCUUGCUGCGAGAAAUGCUUUUGGAAAAAAAUCUCUCUUUCAUUGCUGAAGAUCAGCUUCGUGCAAAGGGUUAUGACAAAACACCAGACUUUAUUUUAGAAGUGCCAGUAGCUGUGGAAGGACACAUAAUUCACUGGAUUGAAAGCAAAGCCUCAUUUGGUGAUGAAAGUAGCCACCAAGCCUACUUGCAGGACCAGUUUUGGAGCUACUGGAACAGAUUUGGCCCUGGAUUAGUCAUCUACUGGUAUGGAUUUAUUGAAGAGCUGGACUGCCAUCGUGAACGUGGUAUCCUGCUAAAAGACUGCUUCCCUACUGACAUUGUGACUCUGCGCCACAGCAUGGCUCAGCGCUGAGGUUGGGAGGAAGAGGUACUGUAGCAAAUUUCUGGCACAGUGAAGUCCACAAGAGCAACGUGCAGGAGUUUUCUAUGUGAGUUAUUUCUGAAGGAGUUUACCAUCCUGGUCUUCAAGAAGGGAAAUUAAAAAAAAAAAAGAUACAACAGUGCUUCAUUCAUACUGGAUCAGUUCCACAAGACAAAUAAAGCACAUAAAUGGACAGAAGUUUCCUGCGCACUUGUUUUCUUGUAAGAACCUUGUUUUUCUCUUGUUAGAACCACCCAGAUCAGAAGUUUAUUGAGAUGGGUGUUAGCCUUUCUUGGAGUUUUGUGUUCAGUCUCUUUUUCCAUCCAAAUUGCCACUCAGAGGGACAAGACUGAGUCUCGGGUUUGUGGUCUCAGACGUUUUUUAAUGACAGCGUCUUACUGGGCUUGACACACUUCAAUAGUCUUUUCUUUGUUAACUAUUACUCAGGAAAGGACAAAAUAUUUUAAAAUGUCAGUGAGAAAUUUGCAUGUAUGCUCAUCAUGUUCAGAUUUUCUGAAUAAAAGAGCUAUGGAUUCUGUUGUA